UCAGAUGCAAAGAUUGGGGAGCUCAGCUCUGCGAUGGCCCUAUCACCUUUUGAGAAACGCGUGAGGAGCUCGGUUUGAUUCAGCCUCCUAUGUUACCGUAAACGCUUCGCUAGAAACGGCCCUCUUUUAAAGUUCCUGGGGGAAGAGUGGAGCGACCCGGGCAAACCGUGGGGAAAAGGGCCAAAGCUGAACUCAGGGGAUAAAUAUUUACACAGAUUUCAACGCCGGAAGAUUGGUAUUAAACCGACGACGAGGUCUGGAGACAUUUUAUUCCUUUCUAAGAAAUCUACGGUGACACACAGAAAACCAAGGUCUUGAGCCCGAGAACGUCAGAAAAUAAAGAAAAUGGCGGAGCCGGACAAAUUAAACAUCGACUCUAUAAUUCAGCGUCUCUUGGAAGUCAAGGGAUCUCGGCCAGGGAAGAACGUCCAGCUGACCGAGAACGAAAUCCGUGGCCUUUGCCUCAAAUCCCGUGAAAUCUUCCUGAGCCAGCCAAUCCUGCUCGAACUAGAGGCUCCCCUGAAAAUCUGUGGUGAUGUCCAUGGUCAGUAUUACGAUCUGCUCCGGCUCUUUGAAUAUGGCGGCUUCCCCCCAGAAAGCAACUACUUAUUCCUGGGAGACUAUGUAGACAGAGGAAAACAGUCGCUGGAGACCAUCUGCCUGCUUCUAGCCUACAAGAUCAAAUACCCAGAGAACUUUUUCCUGCUGCGUGGCAACCAUGAAUGCGCUUCUAUUAAUCGAAUCUAUGGCUUUUAUGAUGAGUGUAAGCGACGGUAUAACAUUAAGUUGUGGAAGACCUUCACAGACUGCUUCAAUUGUUUACCUGUGGCUGCCAUUGUAGAUGAGAAAAUCUUCUGCUGUCAUGGAGGCCUCUCUCCUGAUCUCCAGUCGAUGGAGCAGAUUCGCAGAGUUAUGCGACCCACAGAUGUGCCUGAUCAGGGUUUGUUGUGUGACCUGCUGUGGGCUGAUCCUGACAAAGAUGUGCUCGGCUGGGGUGAAAACGACCGUGGAGUCUCCUUCACAUUCGGUGCAGAUGUGGUGGCCAAAUUUUUGCACAAACAUGACAUGGACCUAAUAUGCAGGGCACAUCAGGUGGUUGAAGACGGUUAUGAAUUUUUUGCGAAGAGGCAGCUCGUCACUCUGUUCUCUGCUCCCAACUACUGUGGAGAGUUCGACAACGCUGGUGCCAUGAUGAGUGUGGAUGAGACGCUCAUGUGCUCCUUCCAGAUUCUGAAGCCAGCAGAUAAGAAAUUAUAUCCUUAUGGUGCUGGGGGAGGAAUGGGAUCAGGGAGGCCGGUCACCCCUCCACGAAAUUCAGCUAAGGCUGCCAAGGCCAAGAAAUAACACCCGCGGGGUCCACCUCCCAUGACCUGCCACCCCCUGUUGGCCCAAUGCUUUUUUUUCCUCUACCUCCCAAACUUGUCUCCCUCGUCACCAAACGGCAACAAAGAAAACAACUGUCCAGGGUUCAAUCAUGUUUUUUCUCUCUAAAACUAUUUUUAACUGUUCGUUUGGCUGACUGAGUGAAUUUGUGUGCAUGAGAGUGUAAAAAAAAAAAGUGUGAAUGAUGCAGAGGGAGCUGCUGUGUUCUGUACGUAUGUUUUCUGCCUCCUCCUGUGCCCUGCGUUCGGUUUUUCUGUCAUUUUGUAGAGGUGAAUUCUUCUCAUCCUUCAUGUAAGUUCAAACCUGCAGCGGAGGAGUGGAAGAGUCUUAGCUGUUUACGUUAAGGCCCUGCACUGUUUAAUGCUAAACACAAGCUUUUGUACAUCCUGUUUCAGAGGUCCAUGUAUGUCUGUGUGGAGGGAGGGGAGGGUGCUGGGUUUUUUGGGAUCAAGUUGCACGGUCAGACGUUAACGGCACAUACCCCACACUGGGUGCAUCAGUACAUAUAUGUGUAGGUGAGUCCUUGAACGAAAUGGAUUCACAAUAUUUUUUUUUUCCUCUUCCAGUUUUGAAAACCAGUGCUUUGAGGAUGAUUUAUGGAUGUGAAAUAGUUUUGCUUUUUUUUUGUUUUUUUCCCUCUUCCUCUUUGUAGAUACAUGAAACCAAUGUGGUUUUAUUUUUUUCUUGUUUUUAGUUCACUGAAAGCUGAAGAUGAAUAAACAUAACCAUUUUUUGAA